GUAACUGCAUAUUUUGGUGGUCACACUCAUGUUCUAGAGUAUCAGAGUCCGAAGCAAUCAUCACCUAUCGCAAUAUUUACCUCUGGAGCAGGAAGUCGAUCAAGUGGUGGUUGUGGCGGUAAAGAUUGGGGAAUGCCUGAAGGAACCCUAGGGUUUUUACAUGCUAAAAUUGAGAGUAAUAGUGAUGAAAUGUCGUUUGAAUUUGUGGAUGCAACUACUUAUAACGCUAAAGUUGUUUAUCAAGGAAAA